GGUCAUAAAAUCCACCUUACUAUGUGAGGGUAGAAGAGCAUAUACUAUUUGUAAACUUUUGCAGAUAACAAUUUGGACUGCUUUUAGAAUUUUUCUCGCAGUGUAUCAGAACAGAAGAAUCAGCAGGAACAGCAGCAACUGGCCGGGAGGAACCUCAGCCAGAACCAGACCUAGAACUCGCGAAAGAACCUGCUGGGUAUAAAAGGAUGAAGACCUAGGCUCAGAAUCAACAGUUACCAGUGAACUGACGAACAAGACUCACUCAAAGGAAUCUUCCACUGCCGCCCAGCCAUGAAGUAUCCACUUCUGUUGUUAGGAAGCCUCAGUUUGGCCCACGGACUGGCCUUGUACUAUCCCUAUGCGUACACUGCCGAGGGAUCCGCCGUGUUCACGCCCACUCAGCGCCAGUAUAUCGCCAAGGAUGAGUUAGGUCAGUACUCCUAUGGCUAUUCGGAACCCUUGUCCAGCAAACAGGAGACCCGCACCCUUGACGGAAUCACCCAAGGAUACUAUAGUUACCGGGAUGCGGCUGGAAAACUCCAGACGGUUAACUAUGUGGCCGACAACGAAGGUUUCCAUGUGGCAGCCACUAAUCUGCCAAAGGCCAAAGUUCCCAAGGAGUCGCUUGAAUUUAGUCCCAGGAGCGCGUCGCAUCCGGUAGAACAUCAUGUCGAGCAUCACGCGGAGGUGUCGCAUCCUGUAGUUCAGCAUCCUAUUGGCCACCAUCCCGUUGAAGUUCCACAUCAUCACACUGUUGUUGAAAGCGGACGAAGUGCCCAUCCAGAUGGACACCAUCCCGUCGAGCACCACGAUCACUCCGGUUCUGUUGUCCAACAUCCUGGUGGCCACCAUUUUGUUGAAGUUCCACAUCAUCACACUGUUGUUGAAAGCGGACGAAGUGCCCAUCCAGAUGGACACCAUCCCGUCGAGCACCACGAUCACUCCGCUUCUGUUGUCCAGCAUCCUGGUGGCCACCAUCCCGCUGAGGUCCCUCAUCCUUACACUGUUGUCGAGAGCGGACGAAGUGCUCACCCAGAUGGACACCAUCCCGUCGAGCACCACGAUCACUCCGCUUCUGUUGUCCAACAUCCUGGUGGCCACCAUUCCGUUAAAGUUCCACAUCAUCACACUGUUGUUGAAAGCGGACGAAGUGCCCAUCCAGAUGGACACCAUCCCGUCGAGCACCACGAUCACUCCGUUUCUGUUGUCCAACAUCCUGGUGGCCACCAUUCCGUUGAAGUUCCACAUCAUCACACUGUUGUUGAAAGCGGACGAAGUGCUCAUCCAGAUGGACACCAUCCCGUCGAGCACCACGAUCACUCCGCUUCUGUUGUUCCACAUCAUCACACUGUUGUCGAGAGCGUACGAAGUGCUCACCCAGAUGGACAUCAUCCCGCCGAGCACCACGAGCACCCUGUUCCUGUAGCCCAGCAUCCUGUUGGCCACCAUCCCCUUGAGGUUCCUCAUCAUCACACUGUCGUUGAGAGCGGCCGAAGUGCUCAUCCAGAGGGGCACCAUCCCAUCGAGCACCACGAGCACCCGGUUUCCGGCGCAGACCCAUCCGGUUCCCAUGGUGGCCACUCCCAAUUGACUCAUCCCGUUGCUGAUACCGCUGAAGUGGCUGCGGCCAAGUCCCUUCAUCUUCAACGCGUCCACGAUGAAGGCGUGCGCAACCAGAUGCUGGCCAAGAUUCCAGUUGCCGUGGCUCGCAGCCACCAUUUCGUUGUUCCUGCUCCAGUCUACGGCUACACCAUUCCCAGGUACUACACCCCCGGAUUCUACUACUGAAUGGCAGCUGCCUUCGCACGAUUUGGUU